CCAGUAGAGGCUGCCCAGGAGCAGCCGAGGCCCACGGAGUCCUUGGCAGUUGAAACGCGCCUUAUAAGGGCAUGAGCUCUCCUCUGGGUGCCCCGGGCAGAGCGUCGUAGAUCCAACUGCGCAUGCGUCGUUGGGAGAUGGACCGCGAGGAGCCUCCGGUGUCUGUCCCCGUGUCUCCAGGAGAAAUGAUGAGACUGUUGGUGAAGCAGCGAGUCCACGCGGCCGUUGAAGAGUCUUUUGGGCUGUUGGACACAUUGACAGCAGCUUAUGAGGACACCGUGUCUCAGCUCAGAGAACAAUGGCGACACACAGCAGAUGUCCAGCAGCUGGUAGGGAUUAAAGCAGAUGUCCCCCCUGAGGACCAAGACCAGGAGGACCCAGAACCCCUCCACAUAAAAGAGGAGCCGGAGCCCCUCCCCAUAAAAGAGGAGCCGGGGCCCCUCAUAAAAGAGGAGCCGGAGCCCCUCCCCAUAAAAGAGGAGCCGGAGCCCCUCCACAUAAAAGAGGAGCCGGAGCCCCUCAUAAAAGACCUGCAGGAUCUCUGGACCCGUCUUGAGGGAGAUCAGCUCAUUGUGCUGCAGGAGGCCGAUAUCGCCAAGUUCUCAUUCACUGCUGUUACUUUCACGAGUGAAGAUGACGAACCUCAGACCUCACAUCAAAGCCAGACGGAGGAUGACAGAGAGGCGGAGCCAGCAGCUUAGCUACACCGAUACAAACAGAAACUGAUGGAGAGGACUGUGGGGGUUCAGGACCAGACAGGAACCUAAAUCCACAUCGUCAAUCAUAUCCAAAUGCUGAUGAUGAAGAGGCUGCAGACUAUUCCGAGACUGAAGCCAGUUGUGGUGAGUGGCAAGAAGCUUUGUCAGAGUCUGGACCUGAAAGUGUAGAUGGGGACAAUGUCUGGAAGGAGCCCAGGGCACCUGAGUCUGCUGCACAUGCCCCGAAAUAUAAGGAAGCUCUUGUAAGUCAUAUGGGAUGUAACACUGGCAACAAAUCCAAUGAGUCACGAUCAAAAGUGCUCACGAGAAAGAAACCACUCAGUUGUGAUGAGUGUGGGAAAAGAUUUACAGAACAGGGAAGUCUGACGAGACACAUGAGAGUCCACACAGGAGAGAAACCAUUCAGUUGUGACGAGUGUGGGAAAAGAUUUACACAACAGGGAAGUCUGAAGACACACAUGAGAGUCCACCCAGGAGAGAAACCAUUCAGUUGUGACGAGUGUGGGAAAAGAUUUACACAACAGGGAAGUCUGACGAGACACAUGAGAGUCCACACCCACACAGGAGAGAAACCAUUCAGUUGUGAUGAGUGUGGGAAAAGAUUUACAGAACAGGGACGUCAGAAGAGACACAUGAGAGUCCACACAGGAGAGAAACCAUUCAGUUGUGAUGAGUGUGGGAAAAGAUUUACACAACAGGGAAGUCUGAAGACACACAUGAGAGUCCACCCAGGAGAGAAACCAUUCAGUUGUGACGAGUGUGGGAAAAGAUUUACACAACAGGGAAGUCUGACGAGACACAUGAGAGUCCACACCCACACAGGAGAGAAACCAUUCAGUUGUGAUGAGUGUGGGAAAAGAUUUACAGAACAGGGACGUCAGAAGAGACACAUGAGAGUCCACACAGGAGAGAAACCAUUCAGUUGUGAUGAGUGUGGGAAAAGAUUUACAGAACAGGGCCGUCUGAAGAGACACAUGAGAGUCCACACAGGAGAGAAACCAUUCAGUUGUGAUGAGUGUGAGAAAAGAUUUACAGAACAGGCAAGUCUGAAGACACACAUGAGAGUCCACACAGGAGAGAAACCAUUCAGUUGUGAUGAGUGUGGGACAAGAUUUACAGAACAGGGAAAUCUGAAGACACACAUGAAAGUCCACACAGGAGAGAGACCAUUCAGUUGUGAUGAGUGUGGGAAAAGAUUUAAAGAACAGGGAAGUCUGAAGACACACAUGAGAGUCCACACAGGAGAGAAACCAUUCAGUUGUGAUGAGUGUGGGAAAAGAUUUAAAGAACGGGGACAUCUGAAGAGACACAUGAUAGUCCACACAGGAUGGAAACCAAUCAGUUGUGAUGUGUGUGGGAAAAGAUUUACAAUACAGGGAAGUCUGAAGAGACACAUGAGAGUCCACACAGGAUAGAAUGUAUUUCUUCCAGUAGUGACAAUUUCAAUAUGUAAGUUGUUCUCUUUCUAAGGUGUUACUUUAAAUUAAAAAAAGGUAAAAUGUUUUUAAUUGUUUCCCAUGUCAUUUGUUUGUAAAUGAGAUGGAAGGCAAAGUGUUUUAUAAUCAUUUGAUUAAUCUUUUUUAAAAACAAUGACAACAUACUGAGUGUCUUUGAUGGAGGAAACUAAAAACAAACUAAAAACUCUGUAAAAAUACAUCUGUAUUAAAAAUGCAUUUUCCCUGUAAUGUUUUAAAUCUACAUAAAGAGACUUUUGCAAGUUCA